GCAGAUCAGAGGGUGCGGUGCAGUCAGUGUUGUGGCACCUUGCGCAAGGCCGAUACCUCCCGGAGCUGCGUACUGUUGGAGCGUCCGCCGCUAAGGUCAUAGUCAGGUCCUCCAGGUCGCUACGCUGUAGUGGGAUCUACAUCCCAGGUCCAGCACCCCGUCCUCCCCCGCCUUCACACGAAGAUGCUGCCGCUGGACACACCGCGGGCCUUCGCGGUGCUGCUGGCGCUGCUGGUGGCGACGAGCAUGGCGACGAGCCAGGAGACGAGCACGACGACAUUCAUAACAACAACAAGUCCGCCGCCCGCGCCUCCGCCCAAGCCCGACCCAGCCUGGCAGGAGUACCUGCGCUGCGCGGACGAACGACACUGCGUACGCCACAGAACCAAGUGCGGCUGCGCCUCCUGGGACUUCAGGUGCUGGGAGAUGUGCAAGCGCAGGUGCAGCUGCGGCUGCCUGGGCGUCCCGCAGACCAUCCUGGACCACGACGUCUGGGACGACUGCGCGGCGGCCUGCGGACUACGGGGCACCCUUGCGUCCACGUGUUUGUGGAAGUGCGGGUCCCGGGACCAGGGCUGCACGAACCUGUGCCGCGCGCGCUGCCGCUGCGAGUGCGUCGGCAGCCGGGACCGGGACCAGGCCGAAAGCAACGCCGUGUGACCGGGCUGCACCGCGGGGAGCGGGACAAGUUACCCGAGCACGCACGUCGCCACUCAUUGCAGUUACAUUUUAAUCAAACGUGUAAUCCAAAGGAAAAUAUAAUAAACGUCUCAACAAAGUUCCA